UCGGCUAUCAUCGAGUGCGCAUCGUAAAUCUCGGAAAAAAUUUUUCUUCCGCUACGAUCCCUCAAAAGAUCGAGAGUAGUCAGUCAGUGUUGUGGUGAUCAUCAAUCCCAACGGAUGAAGUGAAAGUGUUUAGUGAUCAAGCUGGGUUUAUUUUUAUUUAUUUUAGUGUUUACAUUCUUUAUCAAUUAACGGACUACUUUUUAAAAAAUAUUGAACUUUAAUAAGACAAAAAUGCAUUUACCUGAGGGACCACUUGGUAUGGAGAGUUUUGCUGCAAUCCACGACGCAUUGAGAGCUUGUCAUGGAGAUCUCGUGCAGACCGGAAGUCCAGCGAUUCUCUGCAGCGCUCUCCCAACUCAUUGGAGAUCGAAUAAAUCGCUUCCAGUUGCAUUUAAAGUCGUAUCAUUGGAUGACAUUAGUGAUGGAACUCUCGUCACAAUCCGUGCUGGAAACGACGAAAAUUGUUGUGGAGAACUUAGAAAUUGUACUGCAGUAAUGAAGAACCGAGUAGCUAAAUUUAAUGACCUGCGAUUUGUUGGUCGCAGUGGAAGAGGUAAAUCAUUCUCUUUAACGAUCCAGAUCUCUAGUGUACCUUUACAAGUAGCAACAUAUACUAAAGCAAUCAAAGUAACAGUAGAUGGACCAAGAGAACCACGAUCCAAGUCGAAUUAUCAAUAUGGACCCGGAUUUCCUGGACUAGGACUCCUAAACCCUUGGUUGGACGCAGCGUAUCUUGGUCACGCCUGGCACCUGCCUCAUCCUGCACUCGUCAAAGGAGCCAUGCCAAUGCCACCAGCGGAUCUGUUCACGCCAAGUUUUGCUCCAACUGUCCUUCCGUCCACGUAUCCGUUCCAUGAUCACGUCAAGUAUCCUCCGGAAUAUCCGGGAAUGCCAACAAUAAAAACACCAGCCCUACCAAAUAGUCCAUCAAGAACACCACCUAGAAGUCCAAGCGACAGCGGCAGUGAAACAACAACUGUUGCAAUCGAAGAAGAAGUUCGCAGUGCCUUUGUUCCAAUCAAGCUUAGUACACUGCCAACAACGACCAUUACACCUUCUUCGUCAUCACCGGGACGACAAUUGUCAUCUAAAAAACCUACUGAAGGAGUUAGGUGUGAAUUGAAAGCUCCUACUUCAUACAUUUCUAAGAGAAGUCCAUCACCAACCAAAUUGUCAACACCUCCGCCAACUAAACCUGUAUGGAGACCUUACUGAAAGCCUGAAAAACUUCAAAAAAUAUAGAAGGAAAUAAAAGGCUCUAACGAAGUGGAGUAAUAAACUGUUGGAAGGCUAGUGAUUCAUACAAGACGCCAGGCGUCGAGGUGAAAUAUAUUUUAAGUUAUUUAUUAUUUUUUGUUCAAAAUUUUUUUUUCUUCAUAACUCGCUGGAAAUAAUCAGGAUGAUUUUUUAAUUCUGAUUCCGGUGCCUCGCAAUUUAUGUACAGAUAGAUAUAAAUAACUGUAAAUAAUCUAGAGAACAAAGAAAAAAAUAAUGUUGGAAAAAAUUUCCAACAGAUUUUAUUGUAAAUAAUAAAUACAACAGAUAUUCCGAGGUAAACUUUUCGUAUUCAAUUUGAUACUGAAUAUCCUUAAUAAUUGAAUUUCGUCUGGAUUUGGUAUUGAAGAUCUUGAAAAAAUUACUUUUAGACUUAUUUGGGUACUGGAUAUCCUGAAUAUUUAAUUAUCAACACUUUGAUACUGAUUCUCAUUAUUAACACUGCAACGAUUUUAUACUGAACAUCCUGAAUGUUUAGCUAUAAAAAAUUAUUAUUAUAAUUGACCCUGAAUUUUAAUUUUUAUAAGAUCUUGAAUUCAUCCUUAAUAGAUACUGAAAAUUCUGAAUAUAUUCAGGGUAUUUAGCAUCAAAUGGAAUACGAAAAUUUUACCUCGACAUGUAGAUAGAUUUAUGGACAAUAAUUAUAGCAGUGGAUUGAAUGAUAUUUAUGAGUAGGAGAGAAAGAGACUGCGUGGAUGAGAAUCUAAUAAUAAAUUUAAAGUGUAUGUUUGCAAACCAGAAAUAUAAUAAGAGAGAAACGAUAAUUUAUAAAUAAUUAAUUAAGUCAGAGAUCUAAUGUAAAAAGAUAUAAUAGAGAUUGAUAAAGAGAAAUAAAAUGAAAACUGAUUCUACCAAA